AACUGAAUCAAACAUGGGGCAGACAAGACAAUCUGUUGUUGUAAAACAAAACAGCAUCCUUUUGAAGAGGAACGCUUUGUUCUAAAACAACCGAACAGGACGUUCUUUCCACUCUUCUCCCGUGCCCUCCUAAGCAUUACCGUGAAUGGUUGGGCGGGAAUCGCAGCAGAGACGCCGAUGGGACUGGAUGCAGCGGCCUGAGUGAACUUUGGCGGGAUCAAAAGGACCACCGGAAAAAUAAUUUCGAAAACUUGGAGGAGGCCUCCAAAUCUAGUAGAGAUUUUAUAUUUCGACUUCUUUAUAGGGGCGCCAAUGUUCUUUGUUGUUGGAAGCGACCGUCCUUCCAGUAAGCCCUUUCAUGAGUUUUUGGGAACUCCUUCCGUCUUCCAGAACGCCGGCGCGGUAGAAACCAAUACAAGCUUCCCCGUCUCUCUCUUUUGGUUCUCGGCUUCCUGCAAUUCCGUCAAUGGAGGAAGAGCUCGAACCCCUCUUCGAUUACAGCCGAGUUCAGCCAAUCGUUCUCUCCGAUGAUGAUUCCUUGGAUGUGGCUCCUCCAAUUCACAAUGAGAAAAGGCAGAAGUGCUCGACUUCCACUGUGCAAAAAGUGGAGAUUGACGCGGUUGUGAUUGCGGAUGAUGAGGAAGACUGGCUGCCUCCUCCCCCGAAGGCGGCCUCUAAUGGGGAGAAUGUCUCGAAGGAGAGCUCUAUCUUAUUGGAGCUGAGCUGGAGAUCAUGCAACUGGGUGCAGAUGAAGAGUCAAUCCGAUGGAGAUGUUUGUCCUGUAAGAGAACCAUGGACAAGGAGGCAGGAGUUGGCAUUAUUGACUUCAGAAUCAGUUGAUGACGUGUUCCGUGUUGCAGAGGAGUCAGCUCUAAGAGAACUACAGAGUUAUGGGGAAAAGGUAGAGCAUGAAUCGGUACAUUGUGAGAGAGAUAAGAUCAUACUCUCCAUUCAAGACAAGGAUGGACUUAAGCAAUUCCGUGUAUAUAAGGAUGACAAGCUUGAAAAGCUUUUCAAAAUGUAUGCUGAGAAAGUGAAGGGAGAUCUGGAAAAGUUAGUUUUCUGCUUUGAUGGGGACAAGGUGUCUCCUACUGCAACACCAGAAGCCCUGGGAUUGGAAAAUGAUGAUAUGCUUGAAGCACACAUCAAGACGCACUAGAGUUCUUUGCAUUUGCCAUGUUGAUGAAGUUGGAACUUACUGUGAUGGGAGGGUACAUGGUAAUAUCCAUGAAGUGUUCGUGCAUCCUUCUAUGAUAAUGUUUUUCUCAAUUUGUUGCUUUGCAGCAAAUGUGAUAAAUGUUCACACGUAUGUUAUAGCAAAUUUUGGUUCAUCUCUAAUUAUUGAGGCACUUCAUUGGUGGACUGUUCUCUUUCAGAACUAUCAGGCUGUUCUCUUUGCUUAAGAAUAGCUUUGGCAAACCCCAUGUUCCUUGUUUGAAGCUCAGUGCUUCCCUGACAUCAUGGGCUUAUUCAUGCGUUUGAUAACUCAACUGCUGAAUAAUUUUCUAUUUGAACCUUCUGGCGGAGCAUCCUUGAGUCAAUCAUGUAUUCAUGGAUACCAAUAUAGGAAAUGUUUUUGAAAGCCAGGUUGCAGGAUGGAAUGAAUGAAGAUAUAUCCUUGUGAAGAAUGAUGUGAAGCAAGUUUGUGAGCUUUGAAGUGCAUCUUAUUUCUUGAUAACCUUGUUUUUGCUGUAAAUUCUCCUAUGUGCUUGUAAACCCUAAAACUGGGAAGUGUAUCUAUGCAGAAGUAAUGCUGAAUACUUUUCUGUUUUGA